AUGGUUUUAGCUGAUUUGGGUUCUAGAUUAAGAGGAGCAUUGUCUUCUGUUGAAUCAGGUUCGGAUGAUGAAAUCCAACAAAUGAUCAAAGAUAUUUGUGGUGCACUUUUAGAAUCUGAUGUCAAUGUUAAAUUAGUGGCCAAAUUAAGAGGCAAUAUAAAGACUAAAAUUGAAGAAGGAAAUAUUGUCCAAGAAACAUCAGCUAUGAACAAGCGUAAGAAAUUACAAAAAAUUAUAUUUGAUGAAUUAUGUGCUUUAGUAGAUUCUCAUGUUGAACCACCAAAGCCAAAGAAACUUUCGACAACUACCAAAACCAUCAAUGGUAAGAAAAUUAGAUUAUCAAAAGAAUCUAGUCAUGUUAUCAUGUUUGUUGGUUUACAAGGGGCUGGUAAAACUACUUCAUGUACAAAGUUGGCCGUAUAUUACAAGAAAAGAGGUUUCAAGGUUGGUUUAGUGUGUGCCGAUACUUUCAGAGCUGGUGCCUUUGAUCAAUUGAAACAAAAUGCCAUCAAGGCUAAUAUUCCAUAUUAUGGUUCUUAUUUGGAACCAGAUCCAGUCAAGAUUGCCUUUGAGGGGGUUCAGAAAUUCAAACAAGAAAAGUUUGAUAUUAUUAUUGUGGAUACUUCUGGUAGACAUAGACAAGAAGAACAAUUGUUUACUGAAAUGGUUCAGAUAGGUGAAGCAGUACAACCGACACAAACUAUCAUGGUUAUGGAUGGGUCUAUAGGUCAAGCAGCUGAAUCACAAGCUCGUGCAUUCAAAGAAAGUUCCAAUUUUGGGUCCAUUAUAUUGACUAAAAUGGACGGUCACGCCAAGGGUGGUGGUGCCAUUUCUGCAGUUGCUGCCACUAAAACCCCGAUUGUGUUUAUUGGUACUGGUGAACAUAUAGGGGAUUUGGAAAUAUUCAAACCAACUACUUUCAUAUCGAAACUUUUGGGUAUUGGUGAUAUCCAAGGUUUGAUUGAACAUGUGCAGUCCUUGAACUUGCAUCAAGAUGAAGGUCACAAACAAACAAUUGAAAAUAUUAAAGAAGGUAAAUUUACUUUGAAAGAUUUCCAAAAUCAAAUGAAUAACUUCCUAAAAAUGGGACCAUUAACAAAUAUUGCAUCUAUGAUUCCAGGUAUGUCUAAUUUAUUGUCUCAAGUUGGAGAUGAAGAGACAUCAAAGAAAAUCAAAAAUAUGAUAUAUAUUAUGGAUUCAAUGACAACUAAGGAAUUGGAAAGUGAUGGUAGAAUUUUCAUUAAAGAACCAAGCAGAAUUAUUAGAGUUGCUAGAGGUGCUGGUUGUGCUGCUGUUGAAGUUGAAAUGAUUUUACAACAACAUAGAAUGAUGUCUACAAUGGCUAAAUCUGCCAUGGCUGCUCAAGGUGCACCAGGUGCUGGUGGUAACCCAAUGGCUGGAAACCCACAAAUGCAAAGAAUGAUGCAACAAGCCCAAUCUAAUCCAAAUUUCAUGCAACAAGCCAUGAGUAUGUUAGGUGGUGGCGGUGCUGGUGGUGCUGGAGCCGGUGGAUUAGCAAGUAUGAUGAACAAUCCAGCUAUGAUCCAACAAGCACAACAAAUGAUGAGACAAAAUCCCCAAAUGAUGCAACAAGCACAACAAAUGAUGCAAAAUCCAGGUAUGAUGCAAAAGAUGAUGCAACAAUUUGGUGGUAUGGGUGGUAUGUAA